CUUGCUGCGCCCUGUAUCGCGCGUCGGGAACCACAAAGACUGCUUUGUCGCUCACUGUGCUACGGCGGACCAACGCCCAGCCCUCAAAUACCACCUUUCCCCGCGCCGCAUGGCCUCUACCUAGCACGACCGCCCACAGUCUCCAGAUAACCCGUCGCGCUUGCCUCAUGCCGGAGCUCAACGUCUACGAAACCACCACCCCCCAUGUCCCCUAGAACGCACCGAUUCGCGCACGACUACGAGCUUCUGCCGCGCGCCUCCUCCGAGUCCCACGAAGGCGCAAACCUCGAGCGUCAUGUGUCCAAUUCCUCAUGGCUCGGUCGUCUAGGCUUCCCAGACAAGCUCGCGGAUCCCUCUGUCUACGCCCACUAUGUGACGCCCCGCCGGAAGAAGCGAUCGGCGCUGCGGCUGAUAUACUGGAGCCUCUUCUCCAUACCAUACAUCUGCCUGUUUCUCGUCCUCUUCGUCGGUGCCUUUUUCCCCUCCUACACCCACCGACCAGCCCAUUACGACGAGCUGCGCCAGCGGGCGCUCCAGAGCCGCACUCCCGGUCGCGCCAAUAUACGCAACGAGAAGGUCUUCAUAGCAGCUUCCAUCUACGAAGAGGAGGGUGAAUUGUCGUCUGGUGCGUGGGGGAAGUCGAUGCUUGACCUGGUAGACCUGCUAGGUCCGCAAAAUGUCCACCUGAGCGUCUAUGAGAAUGACCCGGACGAGCUUACUCGACAGUCCUUGCUCGAGUUCCGGAAGAAUGCUAAAUGCAACUCUACCAUCGUCUUCGAGGACCUCGAUCUGAGCAGCCUGCCCCGCGUCACCCUGCCCAACGGGAUGACUCGUAUAAAGCGAAUUGCCUUCCUGGCUGAAGUGCGUAACCGAGCCCUGGCGCCCCUGAACACGACCGAUGUCCAGUUCGACCGAAUAAUAUACAUCAAUGAUGUAAAUUUCGACCCCAUCGACGCUGCACAGCUCCUCUUCUCCACAAACGUCGAUUCCGAUGGCCGGGCCAGCUACGGAGCAGCCUGUGCCGUAGACUUCAUCAACGCUUUCAAGUUCUACGACCGAUUCGCGACGCGCGACCUGGAUGGGUACAACAUGGGUAUACCUUUCUAUCCUUGGUUCACAAGCGCUGGCACGGCAACGAGCAGGAAGGAUGUCCUCUCCGGUACGGAUGCCGUCCGAGUUCGGAGUUGCUGGGGAGGUAUGACUGCUUUUGAAGCGAAGUGGUUCCAGGACCAGACAGACUUAGACAGCUCCGCUGCAGCGUCAGCGAGAAACCCGCCUAUUACACCCAAUUCCGAGCUUGCGCCUCUCCGAUUCCGGUACGAGGAGGACACCUUCUGGGACUCCUCGGAAUGCUGUCUCAUCAAUGCAGAUCUUCAGUACAGGCGAAGUGGGCUCGGGAUGCCCUCGGACUCUGCCAUAUACAUGAACCCUUACAUUCGAGUGGCUUACGACACGAAGACACUCUCCUGGCUCUCUCUUUCUCGCCGCCCUGAGCGCCUCUACUCUCUCAUUCACGACUUGCUGAACCACGUCGUCGGCUUUCCCCAGUUCAAUCCAAGGCAAACCGAGGAACCCGGACAGACCGUGACGGAUACAGUCUGGGAGUAUGAUGAUCCGGUUAAGGCCUUCGCUUCGAAUGCCACCGCUGAGGACCUCAGAGGUCAUUGGCAACAAAUAAAAAGAACAGCCAAGCCCGGCGGUUUCUGUGGAGCGUCGAUAAUAUGCGUUGAUCUCAUCAUCCGUCAGCUACCCGGAAAGAGGAACUUUAGGAUAGAGGACAGUAACGCGUUCUUAUCCUCUGGAUUAAGUCUGUCAUUCGGCGUCAUGAUCUUUUCAUCGCUAUACAGCAUGCUCCCAUCGGCAAGGAAUUAUCUUCAAAAGGGGGGAAUGAGCGCAAAAGCUGCAACGUUUACCUUGGUUGGGUGCUUUUUGGUCGGAGCCAUCGGUAUCGCGAUCCUGUCACAGAUUUUGCAUCGGUAUAUUCCGCAUUCGGUGGUUGACUGCGAUCAUGAGCACGGUGACGAAGAGGAGGGAAAAAUGGAAGAUGAAGAGGAUGCACAUGCGCAAUCUCAUUCCAGGCCUAGGAGUAUAGAAGAGCAGAGAGCAGGGCUUCUCCAACUGGACGGAGCGCAAGAUGCCGAGCGCCAUCAGACUUAUACUUCUUAUGGUGGCGUGGUCGAGAACCAUCAUCCAAGGUUUGCGGCGAGGAGGCCGUCUCUGCACACGCAGAUUUCGACAAAGGUCUCGCAGCUUGUCACUGGUUCGAAAGAGUUUUGCGAUGAGAAUGGCCAGUGUUUUGGGUACUCGGAUCCCUGCGGACAGGAAUGCUUUAGGAACGUGCAACACGCGCGGCCACAGCGACUACAUCCAGCCACUGGCAAGGCUCCUACUAGGCCAGUAGGCUCAAGAGCGCAAACCAUGCCGUACGAACGCCAGCCUCUGCUGCAGCAUGUCGAUGAGGAGACCACCUUGGCACCGAUUGCGUCUGGACCAGCGGCCCUGGAAAACUCACACUCAAGCCUACCAUCAAUGAAUGGAAACUCGAUACAGAAACAUCCCAGCUCACAGUCAUUGGCGUCGCAUUCAUCAUCCAACUCGUCGCAUUCCACACACAACCACCACGCACAGCACCAUCACCACGUCCCAACCAAUGUCUUCCUCUCCAUCGGCCUCCAAACUAGUAUCGCGAUUGCGCUUCACAAAAUGCCCGAGGGCUUCAUCACCUACGCCACAAACCAUGCCAACCCGCGUCUGGGCUUCGCCAUAUUUCUCGCCCUCUUCAUCCAUAACAUCACUGAGGGCUUCGCCAUGGCGCUCCCGCUCUACCUCGCCAUCAACUCGCGAUGGAAAGCAAUGUUUUGGUCGGCGUUACUCGGCGGUGUGUCGCAACCACUAGGCGCUGCUAUCGCGGCGCUUUGGUUCAAGAUUGCGAAACGUGGAGCCGGCGAAGGUGCCGGUGAGCCAGGUGAGACAGUGUAUGGAGCUAUGUUCGCGGUGACAGCGGGUAUCAUGGCCAUGGUUAGUGUGCAGCUUUUGGGGGAGAGCUUGGAUUUGACGCAUUCGAGGCGGUUGUGCUUCGCGAGUGCGUUCAUUGGCAUGGGUAUCUUGGGGUUGAGUAGCGCGCUCACGGCGUGACACGUACAUAGGUGGACUUGCAUUCGUAUAUAGUCGCUGUAUUGAUAUAUUUUUUCGCUUGUGGGUCGAAGCAGUUCCCGUCGUUUGAAACUUGACGUAUGAUCUGGGGAAAGAGGAAAGUAGUUGCAAUGGAUCAUAAAGUCUCGCAAGGCUCUGCUCGUCCACGGCACGUAACAACACAUGACCCGUCGGCAUAACCGACUCCAAGCAAUGCAUCCACUC